UGCGCGGAGCCUCCCCCCUCGGGCCCUCGGGGGUGGGCCCUGGGCCGUGGGCCGGACCAUGAGCCGCUGAGUAGUUGCUCGGCCGCCGCUGGGAACCAUGCCCGGGCCUUGGGCGCUGUCCUACCGGCUGCUGGCGGCCUGCGUGUGCCUGAGGGCGGCCGGAGCCGAGUCCGGGCAGCGGCAGCGGAGAGCCGGCGGAGGCUGGGGCCCUCAGCCCGAGGCCUGGGGCCGCUGUCCGUCCGAGCUGAGCCCGCUGCAGGACUACAUCAUCCGGACCCGGGACUCGCUGAACGCCGGCGCCGCCUUCCUGAGCUCCCCGAGCGGUAUCAGCAGCCCGGCGGAGUGCGUGCGGGCCUGCUGCCGCCUCCCCGGCUGCACGGCGGCGGUGGUGGAACGGGAGCGGGCCCAAACCCGAGCCCGGGGAGGAGGGGGAGGCCUGGACUGGGCCCGGGGCCUGAAGCCCAGCCACAACAGCGCGGCCGCCCUCAGCUGCUACCUCUUCAACUGCACGUACCGAGGCCGCGAUGUGUGUCGCUUCUCCCCGCAUCAGGGAUACAGCAGCUUCACCCGGGGACACAGCGGCAACUGGCAGCCGGGGCCCGGUCUCCAUGGCAACCGAAAUGAUGAAGCCCCCCACUGUGAUGCAGGUCAGGAUGUGGCCUUAUUACUGCCCACGGACUGGGUGCUGCUGGACGGAAGAGGCAGUUCUGACGAUCGGGGAAUUGUCCGAUAUGAAUGGACGUUACUACAAGGAGAUCCAUCAGUUGAUAUGAAGUCUCCACAGCCUGGCAUGUUGAGACUGAGUGGUUUACGAGAGGGCAUGUAUGUGAUUCGGUUGUCGGUCACUGACACGAUUGGACAAAAGAGCGAUGACAAUGUCACUGUGACUGUGAUGCCACCAAAGCGCCAAACAACAGACUGUACUGGAGUUUGUUCCCGAUAUCAGUUCAUCUGUGAUGACGGCUGCUGCAUCGAUAUCACAAUGGCUUGUGAUGGGACAGCCCAGUGCCCUGACAAAUCUGAUGAAACCUUCUGCCAGAGCUUUAAUGUAGGCCGUAAGUCAAUUACACAUGCAACACUUGCUGCUAGCUCAGAGCAAGAUAGGGCCAUGUGGCCGUCUUCUGACAGUUUCCACAAGACCUCAACAGUGAACCAUAAACCAACACAGUCAUCCAGAACGGAAGUGAUGGACAAACCCAAUCCUAGCCAGCUUCCAGAGUACUGCUUGGUUCCUCCUGCCCCAGGUCCAUGCGAGGGCCACUUCCCUCGCUGGUAUUUUGAUAGUGUCUCAAAGACCUGCAGACACUUCAUCUAUAGUGGGUGCCAGGGCAAUCGGAAUAACUUUCUACAGGAGCUGGAUUGUAAAAAUGGAUGCACAGGAGUACAAGGUGAGAACCCUUUAGAGACCAGCACAGUGGAAACAAGUGAAGCUGAUGUUCUGAUGUCUAAGAUCAGCCAUGGAAGAGGAAUUCACCCAGUCCCAGAGUCAGGUGCUGUGCUACCCCUGGCCCUGGGACUUGCUAUCACCGCCUUGCUCCUGCUGAUGAUUGGCUGCCGGCUGCAGUUGGUGAGGCACAGACUGAAGAAGCUCCGCCCCAUAACGUCGGAGGAGUCGGACUACCUGAUAAAUGGCAUGUACCUGUGAGCCAGAAAUGGUGCCUCUUAAAUAACAAUCACCGUAGCAAUGUGCUUCUCGAUGUAAAGCAAUUCAAUAUGCUUGUGUGUGUUUGUCCGAAUCAAUAUGUGGAGCGCAGUAGAACCCUUUGAUCUUAUUACUUCCUGGUCACACAGGUAUAUCUGGCAAGUCCUGGGCGUACUUAAAAACAAAACACAGUUUUCAGACCAAGCCAGUACUGUUGCCAUAAUGAUUGACUACUACAUGGCUGUCUCUAAGAUUGGUGGUCGAUCGAGAAAUUUUAAUUCUUCACCUUGCUGUGAAACAUCUAAACAAGUCAACUUCUGCUGCAGUCUCACAUGCUGAAUAAAGCUUGUGCUGUCUGACAGCAAGUUUGACUAUCCUAAUAAACUGUUCUGUGAGGUCCCCCUACUGUGUGAUCCUGUGGUGGGUGGCACUGGAUGAAUUCUUGACCCCGUCGCUCCCUGAGGAAGCUGCAUUUCCUCCCUGUCUGGGGACAAGUUUCUGUUUCCCCUUCUUACUUGCCCUGUGAGCAGUUUCCACCUUCCCCCUGUCCAAUAAUUUCAAUGUAAAUUUGUGCCAGUGUUUGUCCCACUGUGUAGUUUCUGGGUCUCUUAUCUUGGAGACAUUUAAUAACAGUCAGAAAGUAAGCAGCAAAAUUGCAGAAUAUCAGGGCUGAACUGGUGAUAAAAUGCAUCACUGGAGAAAUUCCUAAACUAGAAGGACAUCACUCAGCCUAUUGAGUGUGUCAGCUUAGUAUAAUAUAUUGUUGCAAACUAUUAAACUUUAUAAAAUUGGAAGAGUUGCCUUUUCAAAGAUUCCACUGAAUACCAACAGUUCUUGACUCCUGGUUCAUCUCUAAUAAAUGGCAUUUACCCAGUGUGA